CGCUUGAAUUGUUCGUUAUUUUUUUUUUUGUAUCGUGUUUUAAAUUCAAUUUUUUUUCUUCAAAAUUAAAUCGUUUUGAAAUAUGAGCGAUGUCUUUAAUAAAUUGAAUUUUCAACGAAAACACGUUCUACAUUUUUCCUGACGUCGUUCCUGAGUUUUUCUUUGAUCGCGUGUGUGUGUGUGUUUGUGUGCGCGCGCGUCAUUUCAGCUCAUUUUGUGUGUGACACUUGAACGUAAGUCGUGUGAAUUUUUUUGUUCACUCUAAUUAAAAUAUAGAGAGAAAGGCGACCAAAAGACACACAAAAAAAAACAGAAUUCACAUAGAAAACAUACACACAACAAAUAUUCGAAAGAAGAAGAAAUCUCUCUAAGCAAAUUCUCAAUUGUUUGCUACCACUGAAACGCACUCGUGAGCGCACUGCAAUUUAAAAAUAAAAUCAAUGAAAUUUCCGCCGAAACAUUGUAACCGAAACAUAGAAAAAUAACGACAAAAAGAACGAAGAAAUAGAGAAAUAAAAAAAACAACAUAUAACAAAACCAACUCUCGCUCUCCCGCUCUCGUUCACAUCAUUGAAGUAAGAAAAUUGCGCGCACAGACUCUAUAUCAAUAAAUCACAUUACAUCGAAUUGAGCACCGAGUGACACCAAACCAGGAAAUAAUUUCACAACCAAAAUUAUAACCACAAAAAACUCAACGUUGAAUUGCCGAGAAGAGUGAACAGCAUUCAAUCGAAGACGACAUGACCGAACAAAUAUCAUUAUUGCUGUCAAUAGAAUUUAACACAUAAACAGCAACAAAUUAACCGACAGAGCACUUCUAAGUCGUCGAUGAAUCAGUAUUAUAAAAUAGAAGCACACAAGCAAUAAACGAUACAAUUUAAAGGCGAAAUUCUCCAUAUUCCGAUCAUAGUCGCGAUAUUACCAUUAUACAGUUACAGAUUUGAAAAUAGAGAAUUACAAUAGCAGAAACAAAACAAAAACACUGUGAUAUAAGUGAUAUUAAUAGAACAAACUCCAGAAAAUAAUCAAUUUUUUAUUUGCGCUAAUUUCGGCCGCACGCAAAUUCCUCAAAUUCAAAUCCAACACAUUUACACACAUAUAUUUUAAUUAAUUAAGAAGCCAAAAUGACGAUAACAAAACCCAAAGAGAUGAUAAGCGACGAGAAACAAACCGAGUCAAUCGAACAAACAAAUAAUCACAAGCCUGACGAAAUGUUCGGGACCCGGCAUUUUGUGACAUUUAUGCUAUUCCUGGGUAUGGCCAAUGCAUAUGUGAUGCGAACAAAUAUGUCGGUAGCCAUUGUUGCAAUGGUGGACCAUACAGCUAUCGCAAAUUCAACUCAUGAGUUAGUCGAUAAUGAAUGUCCAGACUCUGGUUAUGAUACCAGCUCCAAUCAUACACAACAGAAUGGCGAAUUUCCUUGGAAACCAAUCGAGCAGGCCGUUAUUCUAUCAUCAUUCUUUUAUGGUUAUGUUAUUACGCAAAUUCCAUUCGGUAUGUUGGCUAAGCGAUAUGGUGCGAGAGGCUUCCUUGGAUACGGUAUGCUUCUCAAUUCAGUGUUCGCUUUUUUCGUUCCGGUUGCUGCACGGAUGGGUGGCCUUUAUGGUUUGUGCGUCGUACGUUUCAUUCAAGGUUUAGGCGAGGGUCCAAUUGUGCCAUGUACACAUGCAAUGUUGGCCAAAUGGAUUCCGCCCAAUGAAAGAUCACGAAUGGGUGCUGCCGUUUAUGCAGGUGCACAAUUUGGAACGAUUGUAUCAAUGCCUUUGUCAGGACUUUUAUCAGAAUACGGUUUUGAUGGUGGUUGGCCAUCAAUAUUUUAUGUGUUCGGUUUGGUCGGUGUGAUUUGGUCGGUGGCUUUCCUCUUCUGUAUUUAUGAAGAUCCAUCAACACAUCCAACCAUCGAAGAAAAGGAAAAGAAAUAUAUUUUAAGCUCAUUGUGGGGAACAACAAAUGUAGCCCAAUCACCUCCGGUGCCAUACUGGAAUAUUCUAAAGUCCCUACCAUUCUACGCGAUAUUAUUCGCGCAUAUGGGUCAAAAUUAUGGUUACGAAACCCUGAUGACUGAGUUACCAACGUACAUGAAACAAGUGCUUAGAUUUUCACUUAAAGAAAAUGGAAUAUUGUCAGCACUUCCUUAUUUAGCAAUGUGGCUAUUCUCAAUGUUUAUUUCUGUUGUUACCGACUGGAUGAUAUAUUCGGAUCGUUUCACACACACAAACGCCCGCAAAAUCAUUAACUCAUUAGGUCAAUAUGGUCCGGCUAUAUGUUUGAUAAUUGCAUCGUACACUGGCUGUAACCGAACAUUAACCGUAUUCCUGUUAACACUGGGUGUUGGAUUGAAUGGUGCGAUUUAUUCCGGUUUUAAAAUCAAUCACUUGGACAUAACGCCACGUUUUGCUGGCAUUCUAAUGGCAAUCACAAAUUGUACGGCAAAUUUGGCUGGUUUAUUGGCGCCACUUGUUGCCGGUACACUGAUCAAUGAAAAGCCAUCGAUGGCCAAUUGGCAAAUAGUAUUCUUUAUUGCGGCUGCUGUGUAUAUAUUUUGUGCAACAUUCUAUAAUUUGUUCGGUUCGGGUGAACGACAGCCUUGGGAUAAUCCAUUGAAUGAUGCGCCGGUUGCAGCAAUUCCAAUUCGUCAAAUAAAUGGCGGAACAAAUAAUGGUGUUCAGUCAAAUGGUGUACAAUAUAAUGGGACAACGCCCGCAAGUAACGGGCAAACACAAUUAAAUGGAAAUGGAGUUCGUGAAACGACACAAUAACCGACCAAUUUAAAAAAUAAUAUAUAUAUAUAAAAACAACAACAAAUGUAUCGCUAAGCACAUUCGUUUUUUUAAACACACGCACACACACAUAUGCCUCUGUUUCGAUGUAAUUCCUUUUUCCAAUUAAUUCUUUUUAGUUUAUUUUUUAUUUUUGUUUAAAUUUUAAUUUAAUAAUUUUUUUUUUCAAUUUCCAUUUUGGAUGUUGUUUUGUUAGAAACCGAAUUGUAUAAAUUGAUUGUUUUAUUUUUUUGUAAGAAAAAAAAAAGAUAUAUACUAUUUAAGUUGAACUCGAUUCGCAUGAUAAAUGAAUGGCAUUUUUCCUCAUAAAAUCACUCACAGAGACAGAGACACAAUAAAAUUGAUUAAAUCCGUUCCUGAUAUCGAGGAAAAUGCUGCGAACGCUUGAAAUGGUCGUAACCAAGAGAAAAUAGAUCAUCCGUAAAUAAAAUAUGGGAAAGAAGAAAUAAUAAAUAUGCCAAUCGAGUGCAAAUAAUAUUUAACAAAAAAAAACUAUACAUAUAUAAAUAUACAAAAUUUCCAAAAGCUAAACGGAACAGCAAAACAAAUUAAGAACAAUAUUCUCUCCUGCGCGUGCCACUGUGAUUGAAUAAGAACUUGAAAACAAGCAAAAGACAAAUACAAUUUGAUGCAGUUAAUCGAUUACGCUCCGUUUUUUAACGGAGAAAAAUGGUGCAAAAUACAUGAAUGGAUUUUAUUAUAAUAAAUAUUUUUGAAUUGAUGAAAGAAUGCGAUGAACGAAAACAAUGAAUGAAAUCACGUAUCAUUUCAAUGUGAAUCAUGGAUGGAUUCCAUUUUUCUGUGAAAAUAAUUAUGCAAUCACCGUGUGAGAAAUGCGUCCUGUUCUGUUUGAAAAAGAAGAAGAAUAAGAAGCAAAAAAAAAUGCAAAGGAAAAUUCAAAUAAAUCUAUUGUUGUGUAUUAAAACAGACAAUUUUACAUGUAGAUAGCCUUUGAAAUUUUUUUUUAUAAAUUUAUAGAUUUAAAUGAGAAUGCAUGAGAGCAUGGACGAGUUUGUUUGUAAUUUAGUAUCAGCCGAACAGAGAAUUUACUAGUACGAAUGGAUUUUCUUUCAAAGACAAACAUUAUGAAAAUGAAUUUUAAAAACGCAGAGAGGAGAGAGUAGAGAAACAGAGACAAAAAAUAAAAACCAAGUAAAUAGGAUGUAGAGUGUAAGUGAUAGGAUUUUACGGUUUGAAAAUAAGAACACACUUGUUAUAUUAGAGUUUGUUUUUGGUAUUAGCCAUCCAAAAAUGAAAAAUAUGCCUUAUCAUAGUUCCAGUAUGCAUAGUUAUAGCUCAUAUUUUUUGCAAAUAUAUUUUUAUUAUUGUAGCAUGCAUCAAUAUUUAUUAAUUACAAUUUAUCGAUUUUAAUAAAAAAAAAAAAAAUAUGAAAACAAAAAAUACAAACAAACAAAAGGGAACCAAUAAGAAAUAUAAGCCACUCAUCAACAAUGGCAACACUUAAAAUAUGUUGAAGUUUUACAAAAAAAAAAAAUUCUUACGCAUGUAUUUUGAAAAUAAAUUGCAGCCACUAGUAAAUAAUUUUACUGUGGACACCAAAGCUGCCGUUCAAA